GUUCAAACUGCGGCGGCGGUUACGGAGGGCGCUGCCCGGUUCUCCUCAGUCCCGUCCCUUGUCCGUGUUCCGCUCCUCUUGUCCCGGGCGGCCAUGGCGGACGAGGGCGCCGUCACGGUGUGCGUGCGUGUGCGGCCCCUCAUCGCCAGAGAAAAUGCCUCAGGAGAUAAAGUGACCCUGCACUGGAGAAGUGAGAAUAAUACUGUUUCCGACUUGAAUGGUACCAAAUUAUUUAGUUACGAUCGUGUCUUUCACUCAAGUGACAACACUCAGCAGUUGUAUGAUGGUGUAGCUGUUCCAAUUAUACAGUCAGCUGUGCAAGGCUAUAAUGGCACAAUUUUUGCUUACGGACAGACUGCUUCAGGGAAGACUUACACAAUGAUGGGGAAUGAAGAUUCCAUGGGCAUUAUUCCUAAGGCAAUUCAACAUGUGUUCAAAAUUAUUUGUGAGAUUCCAGAUAGAGAAUUCCUGCUAAGGGUUUCUUACAUGGAAAUCUACAAUGAAACAAUUACUGAUUUGCUUUGCGAUAAUAGGAAAAAGAAGCCUCUGGGAAUUCGUGAAGAUGUUAAUAGGAAUACAUACGUAGAAGAUCUGAUUGAAGAAGUGGUGGUUUCUCCAGCACAAGUUAUGGAAUGGAUCAGAAAAGGAGAAAGAAAUCGCCAUUAUGGAGAAACAAAAAUGAAUGAACACAGCAGCCGUUCUCACACCAUCUUCAGAAUGAUCAUUGAAAGCAGAGAACGAAGUGACCCUGCAAAUGCAAACUGUGAUGGAGCAGUCAUGGUUUCCCACUUGAACUUGGUAGAUCUGGCAGGCAGUGAAAGAGCUAGUCAAACAGGAUCUGAAGGUGUUCGACUGAAAGAAGGCUGCAAUAUAAAUCGAAGCUUGUUCAUUCUGAGUCAAGUUAUCAAAAAACUUUGUGAUGACCCUUCUGGCUUCAUAAAUUACAGAGACAGCAAGCUGACACGAAUUCUGCAGAACUCCCUUGGAGGAAAUGCUAAAACAGUUAUUAUUUGUACAAUUACUCCUGUUUCUUUUGAUGAGACACUCAGCACUCUUCAGUUUGCCAAUACAGCCAAAGGAAUGAAGAAUACACCAAAAGUCAAUGAAGUACUUGAUGAUGAUGCCCUUCUGAAGAGAUACCGCAAAGAAAUUCUGGAUUUGAAAAAGCAGCUGGAGGAAGUGUCUUCAAAAACUCAGAUUCAUGCAAUGGAAAAAGACCAAUUGGCCCAGCUCUUGGAAGAAAAGAAUUCCCUUCAAAAAGUACAGGAGGACAGAAUACGAAACUUAACUGAGAUGCUGGUGACUUCUGCUUCCUUUUCCUCAAAACAGAAUGCUAAAGGCAAGAGAAGAAGAAGAGUUACUUGGGCUCCUGGUAAAAUAAACCAGGCAAGCAGGAGCUUCUUUGAAGACUUUGAAAAUGCAAUGCCAACUGAAACAAAAAAAAUGAAGUUGUCUCUGCCAGCAGUAACAGAUGUGGAGGAUUCUACCUUAGAGAAUUCUGAGUAUGAAAGCACUUGCCUGCUGGCUCCUGAUCAAAUUUCAGAAGUAGAAUGGAUUGCUGGUCCUAACAUGAAUUGGACCCAGAAAGACUUUGAAGAAUCUGUGCAACUCUGUGAAGCAUUAGCACUAGAAAAGGAUAUUGCUGUAAAUGAGGUCAACGUCCUGCAAGCUAACUUCGAUAACCUAGUGGUGGAAAAUGAGCAGCUGAAAUCAGAAAUAAAUGAAAUGAAAGAGAAACUGAAGGAAAAAAAAGAAAUAGAUGAAUUUGAAGCAUUGGAAAAGCAAACACAAAAAGAUCAAGAGAUUCAACUAAUGCAUGAAAUUGCCAACUUAAAGAAUCUAGUUUCAAAUGCUGAAGUGUACAAUGAGGAACUUGAGGCAGAAAUAAAUUCCAAACUGGAACAGCUAAAAGAGAAAGAGAACAAAAUAAAAAUAUUACAGAAUCGUGUGGAAGAAUUGCAAAAAGCAGGAGUGGGAAAAAUGGAGACGUCUUUUUCAAUGGGAUAUUCUGAUAAACUUACUGAAGAAAUUCAGCAGCUGAAUAAAUCCCUCUUAGACAGUGAAGCCAUAGCCUUGGAUGCCAAAAAGGAAUCUGCUUUUCUCAGAAGUGAAAAUUUGGAGUUGAAGGAGAAGAUGAAUGACAUCUUAAACAACCACAGCCAAAUGCAAAAGGAUGUUCAAUUAUAUCAAAGCCAAAUAGAAGCAGGAAAAGCCAGUUACCGAAAAAUGCAAGCUGACUUGCAGAGAGAACUGCAAUCUUUAUUUCAAGAAAAUGCAAGACUAACUUCACUGAUGGAGGGCAAAGUUCCAAAAGAUUUGCUUUCUCAUGUGGAACUGGAAAAAAAGGCAGCUGACUUAAAAGGAGAACUAGAAAAUGCUUUGAAAGAGAAUGCGUUUCUACAAAAACGAGUAAAUGAGCUAUCAGAAUUUCAGUCUCUACCAAAUACUGUUGAGAUGCAAAAGAAAGAGAUUCUUGAAAAAUGUGAGGAGUUACACUUAUUAAAACUGGAAAACGCAAAACUGCUUUCUGAAGUAGCUGAUAAUGAAAUGAGACUUAAACAUAUGUCUGAAGAAAUUGAAAAAUCAAAAGACAGUCUCACAGAUGCACAGCUGAAAUAUCUGAAGUCUGAUGAGGAAUAUGUAGCACUUAAACAGCUCCAUGAAGAAAUAGAACAAAAAUACAUAGCUGCAUCAGAAACCAAUGAACAAAUGAAGCUCCAAAUAGAAUGCCUGUCUAAAGAAGCACAAGAGUCUAAAAUAAUUUUGGAUGAAGUGAAAGUAGAGCUCUCUAUCAAAAUGAAAGAACUGGAAGAAAAAACAGCAGAGCAAAAACAACUUCUGGAGCUAAGAGAAGAUCUUAUUCAAACUCAGCAGAAUUUAAAUGAAAUGGAGCAAUUAAAAGAGGAAGAAAGGGUUAGUGAAGUGAGACGGGAGGCUGAAGAUUUGGAGAUCCAGACAGUCUUGCAGCAGCUUACAGAAUGUCAGGAAGAAAUAAAAACUCUAACCCAGGAAAGAGAUGACCUGAAACAAAAAGGGGAGUCUCUCCAAGCUGAGAUAGAGCAACUCAGAGAGGAUAUGAAGGACACUGUUUCAAUGAACAUCUUGGCACAGGAAGAUCUGAGAAAUACACAAAAUUCUCUGAAGGAAUCUCAGAACACUGUCAAGAAGUUGGAAAAAAGUAUUUCUGAAAAAGAAUCUCAGAUUCUGAGUGUUGAAGAGGCAUUAGGGAAAACCAUUAAAGAACUCCAAAUACGGAUCUCAGAAAUGACCGAAGAAAUGAAAAUCAUCACAUCAGAGAGAGAUCAGCUUGCUAUGGAGAAAUCAGAAAGUAAUAGCUGUAGAGAAAGUGAUCAGCUUCAGGUGCAAAAGGAACAAAUCCUUUUCCUUACACAAGAGAACCGUUCAUUGCAGGAGAAGCUGGACAAUCUACUAUUGAAAACAGAAGAAUUAGGGGAAGGAACCUUGACACCACAGAUUCAAGGGCAAUCUAUGGAGCAAGAGUUAUUCCUUCUGAGAGAAGAGCUGAGCCAGGCACAAAGGAAAUUGCAUGAAAUGGAGGAAGCAAAGGCCAAUGAAUAUCAAGGAGAAUCUGAAAAAAUGGAAAGAACAGAUGUUAUUCCAAAAGCACAUGACUACCAGGAAGUCAGCAUCCAGACAAAAAGUGAUGAAGAUGAAGAUGAUUUUAAAAUGCAACUGGAAAAUCUCCAGAAUGAGAGAGACCAGCUAAGAGAAACUCUACAGGAGACAAUUAGCAAGAACUCGGAGAUGCAGGAGGAGUUGAGAUGUACUCGUGAAUCUCUUGGACAACAUCAGGAGAUGAUUGUGGAGCUGGAAGGAAGUAUUUCAGAGAAAGAAAAUCAGCUCUCAAAGGUGCGAGAGGCAUUGAAGGAAAAAACUGAGGAACUGCAGCAGAAGCUCACUGAAGUCACUGAAAACCUGACUCGUGUCUCAGCGGAGUAUGGCAACCUCCUGGCAGAAAAGGAACAAACUGAAAGGGCAGUGAAUGAGCAAGUGUGUCAGCAGCUUGAGAGAAUCACUUUACUUAACAAGGAGAAAGAUGAGCUACAGCAAAUGGUAGAGACUUGCAAAGAAAGGGAAGAACAUCUGUUGAAGCUUCAGAGGCAGUCAGAGAUUUUGAAGGACAGCCUAACAAGCAAGAUCUCAGAAAUGACCGAAGAAAUGAAAAUCAUCACAUCAGAAAGAGAUCAGCUUGCUAUGGAGAAAUCAGAAAGUAAUAGCUGUAGAGAAAGUGAUCAGCUUCAGGUGCAAACGGAACAAAUCCUUUUCCUUACACAAGAGAACCGUUCACUGCAGGAGAAGCUGGACAGUCUACUUUUGAAAACAGAAGGAUUAGGGGAAGGAACCUUGAUACCACAGAUUCAAGGGCAAUCUAUGGAGCAAGAGUUAUUCCUUCUGAGAGAAGAGCUGAGCCAGGCACAAAGGAAAUUGCAUGAAAUGGAGGAAGCAAAGGCCAAUGAAUAUCAAGGAGAAUCUGAAAAAAUGGAAAGAACAGAUGUUAUUCCAAAAGCACAUGACUACCAGGAAGUCAGCAUCCAGACAAAAAGUGAUGAAGAUGAAGAUGAUUUUAAAAUGCAACUGGAAAAUCUCCAGAAUGAGAGAGACCAGCUAAGAGAAACUCUACAGGAGACAAUUAGCAAGAACUCGGAGAUGCAGGAGAAGUUGAGAUGUACUCGUGAAUCUCUUGGACAACAUCAGGAGAUGAUUGUGGAGCUGGAAGGAAGUAUUUCAGAGAAAGAAAAUCAGCUCUCAAAGGUGCGAGAGGCAUUGAAGGAAAAAACUGAGGAACUGCAGCAGAAGCUCACUGAAGUCACUGAAAACCUGACUCGUGUCUCAGCGGAGUAUGGCAACCUCCUGGCAGAAAAGGAACAAACUGAAAGGGCAAUGAAUGAGCAAGUGUGUCAGCAGCUUGAGAGAAUCACUUUACUUAACAAGGAGAAAGAUGAGCUACAGCAAAUGGUAGAGACUUGCAAAGAAAGGGAAGAACAUCUGUUGAAGCUUCAGAGGCAGUCAGAGAUUUUGAAGGACAGCCUAACAAGCAAGAUCUCAGAAAUGACCGAAGAAAUGCAAAUCAUCACAUCAGAGAGAGAUCAGCUUGCUAUGGAGAAAUCAGAAAGUAAUAGCUGUAGAGAAAGUGAUCAGCUUCAGGUGCAAAAGGAACAAAUCCUUUUCCUUACACAAGAGAACCGUUCAUUGCAGGAGAAGCUGGACAGUCUACUUUUGAAAACAGAAGGAUUAGGGGAAGGAACCUUGACACCACAGAUUCAAGGGCAAUCUAUGGAGCAAGAGUUAUUCCUUCUGAGAGAAGAGCUGAGCCAGGCACAAAGGAAAUUGCAUGAAAUGGAGGAAGCAAAGGCCAAUGAAUAUCAAGGAGAAUCUGAAAAAAUGGAAAGAACAGAUGUUAUUCCAAAAGCACAUGACUACCAGGAAGUCAGCAUCCAGACAAAAAGUGAUGAAGAUGAAGAUGAUUUUAAAAUGCAACUGGAAAAUCUCCAGAAUGAGAGAGACCAGCUAAGAGAAACUCUACAGGAGGCAAUUAGCAAGAACUCGGAGAUGCAGGAGAAGUUGAGAUGUACUCGUGAAUCUCUUGGACAACAUCAGGAGAUGAUUGUGGAGCUGGAAGGAAGUAUUUCAGAGAAAGAAAAUCAGCUCUCAAAGGUGCGAGAGGCAUUGAAGGAAAAAACUGAGGAACUGCAGCAGAAGCUCACUGAAGUCACUGAAAACCUGACUCGUGUCUCAGCGGAGUAUGGCAACCUCCUGGCAGAAAAGGAACAAACUGAAAGGGCAAUGAAUGAGCAAGUGUGUCAGCAGCUUGAGAGAAUCACUUUACUUAACAAGGAGAAAGAUGAGCUACAAAUAAUGGUAGAGACUUGCAAAGAAAGGGAAGAACAUCUGUUGAAGCUUCAGAGGCAGUCAGAGAUUUUGAAGGACAGCCUAACAAGCAAGAUUCAACAAUUAACUGAGACCCUAAAUUGUGUAUCAUGUGAGAAGGACCAGUUAUUAGCUGAAAGAACUAGUCACUCUUUACAAUUUAAAGAACACAUCUCAUCAUUUAAUCAAGAAAAAGAUGAGCUACAAAAGCUUCUUCAGAAUGUCAGGUCUGAGCGGGACCAACUCAAGACCGAAUUGCAAAGAAAUUCUGAUAUGUGUCUUGAAACAAAGGCAAAACUGGAUUAUGCUUUAGAACAACUGAAGCAUAAAGACCUGAAUAACAUGUCCAUUCAGGUAAACUCAGUGGAUAUUGCAGAGCAGGUGGCUGAUGAGAGCUUGAAAGAAAAAACCCUGAAGAUUAAGGAGCUUCUUGAGAAAUUCCCAGCCAUGGGGAAGAGAUAUGAAUGUCUCUCUACAGUGUCUCUUAAGCUAAAGAGUGAACUGAAUAGUCAGAAAGCACUGAUAGCUGUGAUACUGCCUCAGCUUGCAUUGGAGCAAAGAAAACAAGUCAAAACACUUCAAACUAAAAAUGAAGAAAUGAACACUCGUGUCCAGAAGUUACUGACCAAAUUGAAGCUUCUAUUCGGUUCUGUUUGCAACAAGAAAAGAGAAUAUCACACUGCUGUUCACAAAUAUGAAAUGGAAUUGCUUGAGGAAAAGAGAAAACAAGAUCACCUACAAUCCCAGAUACAAUGUCUCAGGAAGAUUAAUUUGAAGCAGAAUGAAGUAUCAUCUCAAGAGUUAAACAGCAGUGAAGGGCUGCAGAGUUUCCACUUGGAUGCAGAGAGCAUUCUCAAAGAUGUAUCAGAAACGGAACAUGAACUUGUCUGCAUAGAAGCAGAGUUACAGCAGGAAGAAACUGCUAGAAAAGAAACAACACAGUUCUGGGAAGCUUGUUCAGGAACUCACUGGGAUGCAGAGGAACUGAAAGAAGAACUCGAGAAAGAUAAUGAAAGACUCUUGCAAGUCUUUAAAUUCUGGACUCCUAAAGUAAAGAUACUCCUUGAACUUUCUUCAGAGCUGGAUGCCAGAACUGCCAAUUAUAGUAAAAAUGCUGAUGUUGAAUUAAAACAGAGAAAAGAGAAAAAUCAAGAGUUGCUUCAAGAUCUAAACACUCUAAAAGAAAAGCUGGCCCCUGGUGGCUCUGCCAGUCUGGCAUUAGAAGAAGAAAAUUAUAGGCUUCAUAAUAAAUUAAAGGCUGCAGAACAAGACAAAAAGGCUAUGGAAGUAAAAAUUCAGAAGUUAGAGAAUGUAAUAAAUGAAGUAGGAGAAAGUGUCAAAGUGAAAGAUGACAGGAUAAGCAAGUUACAAGCACAGAUCCGAAUAAAAACAGAGACAAGUGAGCUGACCCAACUACAUGCCAAACUGAAUGAGAUGGAUGAUUGCCUCAAGACUGCCCUAGCAGAGAAGAAGAGUCUUCAGGCAAAAUUAGAUAAAGGUGCUGAGCUGUACAAAGAAGAAAUUGACCAUCUCAAAACACAAUUGGUAAAAUGUGAUCUGGAAAGAAUGAAACAAUCCAACUCCUUGGAAAUGAAACUUGCUAAUUAUAAAGCUGUUGCAGAACAUCAAGAACAACAGUUAACAAAGCUAAAAGAAGAACUGAGAAGAGCACACCAAGAGCAAGAUGUUACUGUGCUGAAAGAAGCAGAUCCUCAGCAGUCCCAAAUACCCCUUACUUGUGGUGGUGGCAGUGGUAUUGUACAGAGCACACAGAUGCUUGUUAUAAAAUCUGAACAAGCUAAGCUGCAGAAAGAGAACUUGCAGCUGAAGAAACAAAAAGACCUUCUACUGAGUAAUGAACUUCAACUCAAAGAGGAACUCAGGAAAUGGAAAGAAAGGGCACUAAAAUUGAGAGAACAAUCCUCAAGAGAAAGUAUUCGAGAGACAAUACCAAGGUCUCCUAAGAAGGCAGUGUCAUAUUUCUUUAAAGAGCAAAUGCCUUCACCUUCCAAAGAAACUGCUUCUCAGGAAAUAGUGACUCAGGAUCUACCAAAGCCUCUGCCUCUGACCUGUCCAACAAAUUUCUUUGAUAAUUCCAACUUGGGUGUGCUAACAGAUACAAGACCUGAGGGCACAGAGGCCACAGAAGAACGUCUUAAGCACUUGUUUGGGACUUCAGACAAAGAUAAAGCCCCUGAUUGUAGCACCCAGUAAAGAUGCUCUGUCAUAAGCUGCCCUUACAGUAGCUACAGCCAGGAUCUGCAAAUACAGAAGAAAAUUGCUUCAGGUUAAAAACCAGCCUCUUCCAUCUUUGCUGUCUUGGAGUUUCUACUUCUCACAACUGGGAAAGCUGGAAUAGGAGGACAAAAAUGGAAAACCAGAUGUUGCCCCACAACCUGCUAAUCUGCUGAUGUUCUACUUUGGUGUUGUGGUGUUUUUUUGAUGGCAAAGAGAAGCUAAUGUAUUGAAAAAAGAAUGGAAAAAUGAAUGGAUCACAAACUAACCUACUGUGAAACUUCUCAAUCUCAAACUUUUCAUUCUGUCAUUCCUAAAACAGCCCUUUUCUGGCGUGUUGAUAUUUAUAUCUUCAGAGUGCUGUUAACUUGGCAAGAAAUAUUUUUUUGUUCCUUAGCAUGUGGUUUUUAUACCAUGCUUUCUUUAAGCCAACAGAAACUGCAUUUUCACCACAAUCUUGACCUCUUUGGAUACUGCAACCCAAAUGACUGAUCUUCUGUUUGUAGAGUACACAAUCAAGGGUUCCUCUUAAAGUCCUUAAAACUUUCUGCAGCUCAGCCAAUUAUGGUACUGUGAGUAACUUUGAAUUUUGCAUCAUUUUUCAGUAUACCUGUCUGAAGUUGUGUAUAGGGGUUUUUUAAUUGUAAGCAAUGGACUUAACACUCUUCUGCUUCUCUAGUGAAGGGAAAACAAACCAGAUCUUUGGGAUCUUUUAUUAACCUACUUAUCUGUACCAUGAGACCUACAUUUUGUAUCUUUUAUAUAAGAAUUUUUCACUUGACAAUAAAAUUUAAUGUGUUAAAUAUGUAAAAAUGGUUUUGCUGCUCACUUGUGCUGUGAUCCAAGGAUGCUGAUUACAAUAUUGUCUGUUACCAAAUCUCUUUUAUACUGAUUUCAUCACUUCCAUCAUAAUUAUCCUUCUUGUCUCUGUCCUCUAUAACCUUCUGCAGCAAUUACUUCUGCAGAAGUUUAUGGUUUUUAGAGUUUUAUUAAAUUCUUUGAGUCUGUCAGAAAAUGGUUGAAGUCUAAAACAUAGAUCCUCCUCCCUUUCCUCCCUUCCAUGCCCUCCAUUGCCAAACAGGAAUUGGGCACUCAGAAUCCGAGAUCAACUCCAUUAAGGAUGAAAUCAUCAUCAUGAGAUGAGAAAGUCAUACCUAAGAAAGAUACCUGCAUCAAAAGCAUCAUCCUUAUUUUAUAGGAAUAAAUCUGUCAGUGAUGCUAGGUCCUGUUUGGGUCAUCCAAACUGACAAGCAAAUGGCUACACUGAUGUGUUCCUGAGCAUUCAGCAGUUACUGGAACUGGGGGAGUCACACAAGGAUUAUUUACCUCAUGGAGGUACUUCUUCAAUGAAGAACCAACCUUUAUUUACUUUGAAUAGCUGAAAACUGCCAACUCCUGUACCUACUAAGAAGGAUUUAUCUCAGUCUCUGGCCUUGAAUGUGU